AGGCCUUUCCCGACCAAAAGGAAACUGCUAGAAAUCAACACACUCGCUCUUUUUAACCCGUCUUCAGACAACAGCAAUUUUUGCCUCUGAUCCCAAUGCCUAGCUCAAGUGGCAGACAGUCGGAUAAACCUGGAAUAAAUUCAGAAUCUACAUGGUCACUAGAGAAGCCCCGGACAUUGCUUUAGCCAGGUCCUGAAGUCAUGAAAAAAUGAGAGUCCAGAACAGAAUAGUCAGAAUCCAAGAUUAAAAGCACUGUUUCUUCAACCCACAAAAAUAAUAUUUCUUCAUCGAAAACUUCAGACAAUUCCAGGAUCACUAUAUAAAUAGCAGCAAAUUCAUGGAAAAGUAGAUGAAGAGGUAAGAAGACCAAGAAUGUCUAUAGACAUCUCUUCUGCAUCAAAAUACUAAAAGCUCCGAUUGAACCCAAAUAAAAUGGCUGCUCUUAUUACUGAAAAUUUCCGCUUUCUUUCACUCUUCUUUAAAAGUAAAGAUGUGAUGAUUUUCAAUGGCUUGGUGGCUCUGGGUACAGUUGGAAGCCAGGAACUGUUCUCGGUGGUUGCAUUCCACUGUCCAUGUUCCCCAACUCGGAAUUACAUCUACGGUUUGGCUGCCAUAGGAGUACCUGCACUGGCCUUGUUCGUGAUUGGUGUAAUCUGGAACAACCACACUUGGAACUUAGUGGCUGAGUGUCACAAGAGAGGAACCAAGAACUUUUCUGCAGCGGCUAAUUUCUUGAUCUUUGGAUCUGUCAUGGGAAGAGCUGCAGUGGCUCCUGUCACAUGGUCAGUGAUCUCACUGCUUCGUGGAGAAGCCUAUAUCUGUGCCUUAAGUGAAUUCAUGGAUCCCACUUACCUGGAUCAUUUUCCACCUGGCUAUGGACCAGAUAUUCUGGCCAGAUUUCCUUGUGAAGAUCAGCCAGCCAACAUGACACAUUUUAAAGAUGAAGUUAUAAGACGAUUAAGAUAUGAGUCACAGCUCUUUGGAUGGAUGCUCAUUGGGGUAGUUGCAGUUAUUGUAUUCUUCACCAAGUGCCUAAAACAUUGCUGCUCACCACUUAGCUACCGCCAAGAGGCCUACUGGAACCAAUACCGCUCUAGUGAAGCUAGGCUGUUCCAACAGACUGCUGAGGUACAUUCCAAGAUUGUGGCUGCCAACAACGUCCAAAAUUUCUUUGGCUUUGUACAUUUAGAUAAAGAGGACCAGGAACUGGUCCAAGCAUAUAAUGUGAAAAAUGUUCAGCCCAGGUCACAAUGGGAGGCCAUUACUGGAGUUUAUAUCUAUCGGGAGAAGAAUGGCUACCCUCUCUACAGCCGCCUCCAUAAGUGGGCCAAAAAUGUAACAGGAAACUGCUCUAAUCCCGAUAGCCAGGAAACAGCCUUCCUAGCUACCUAAUGCAGGUAGUCCUCAACUUACAACCAUUUGUUUAGUGACCAUUCAAAUUUACAAUGGCACUGAAAAAAGUGACUUAUGACCAUUU